AUGAUCCACCUGGGUAAGCUUAAGACAACACUUGGUGAAAUUUAUGAAAGUCAAUCAUCAACAUCUGGUAAAAAAAAAUCUUUUUCAUCAUUAUUCAAAGAAUUACUCGAGUAUUUAACUAUUGAAUUAUCCACAACAACAAACUCGAUUCAUGAUAUUCAAAUCCAGACCGUUUACGACCAAGUAAAAUUAGAUCUGGACAAGUGGAAACAAAAAUGGUUUCCAUCUACACUUGGUCAAACUAAUAUUGAUGGAUUAUUUAUGGAUCUUAUUGAGAUUAUUCAAUUCGCCUUUAAAACAGUUUCUACAGUAUUCCAAGAUGUAUCAAUAACAACGAAUACAUUAACAAAAGAAAAUAAAUUAUUAAAUCUUGAAAUACAAAAAAUGAAUGAAGAAAGUAAAAAAUUAAAUGAUUAUACAAAAAAUAUAGAACAAGAAGUUACAAAUCUUCGGAACAACGAACUGAAGAGACAAAGAAAAGAAAAAUUGCAAGAAAAGCAAAUUUUAAUAAGAGAUCUCUUCAAUAUUCCAAUACAAAGAUUAUCUCAAGAAAUUGAAAAGCACAACUUGAACAAAAAUCAAAUCAACAUCUAUUAUAAGACAACAAUAAAUAGCAAUAAAUUGUCAUCUAAACAUCCAUUAUUAUACCAAAUACUUGAUGAAGUAUCAAAAGAAUUUGGAGUGGACGUUGAUCAAAUGUUAACAUGUUUCAAACAGAAAAAACAAUCAAAUGAUACUUUUCAUCUUCAGCAAGUAAUCAAAGCAUUUGCAAAUGGAAAAAAAUGGACGAAAAAUUAUGAUUUAAAUGAAUUUUUACGUAUUCAGGAUAUGUAUCCUCUUGAUUCAGAAGAUUCACUCCUAUUACAGCCGAUAUUUAAACAAAUGUGCCGAAUAAUCAACAAAGAUAGAAAAUAA